UGACGUCAUUUUUAUGCGCCUCGGGCUUUGGCGGGAGUUGUGAAGGAGUUGCUGUGUUGUUUUAUUGGAAGAAACUGUUUAAAACUUUACAUCUUAAAAAUAAAACGAUGUCUCGCGUGCUGAACUGCAUCGUUGCAGUCUGUCCAAACAUGGGAAUCGGUAAUAAAGGAAACUUACCCUGGCAUCCGAAAAGACUCAGUAAUGAAUUCAAAUACUUCCAGAGGAUGACCAUGACUGCUUCAGAAGGUAAACAAAAUGUGGUGAUAAUGGGACGGAAGACAUGGUUCUCUAUUCCAGAGCGGAACAGACCUCUGAAAGGCAGGAUCAAUAUUGUGCUCAGCAGAGAGCUAAAGGUUCCACCAGAAGGGGCACACUACCUAGCCUCCGACUUCAGUUCUGCUCUCCAACUUCUAGACUCUUCAGAACUGACUGGCAGGGUUGACCAAAUUUGGGUCAUUGGAGGUAGUUCUGUUUACAAGGAAGCAAUGGAGACCCCUGGAUCAUGUCGCUGUUUUGUGACUAAAGUUCUGCAGCAGUUCGAAUGUGACACUUUCCUGCCUGACAUAAACAUGAAUGGCUUUCGGAAGCUAUCGAGUUUUCCAGAGGUGCCAGAGGGCCUACAAGAGGAGAAUGGGAUUCAAUACAAGUUUGAAGUGUACGAAAGUGUUUAAAACUAACAUUUAACGUACACAAAAUCAGCUGCUUAAUUUCAAAACACAAAGAAUAUGAGCCAGUAGCCUCUGUUUUCAGUUGACAGGUAGCGAUUGUCUUGUGUUCUUGUCCUGUGUUUCCUGUAACUUUGAGAAAUCCUUUGCUAAAAUAAAAAUGUUUUUUUUAAUUAAA